AUCCUUGUACUUCAUCUUCACCAUGUCCGAUUUUAAAAAGGAAAUCCUUGAAAACUAUACAUAUAAAUCUCUGUAUUUCCUUAAAUUGAUGCACCUUCCCUAACAUUCAAUCUACAGAAAAACAGAAGAAGAAAAAAAGACAGAGAGAGAUAAGUUAUCGAUUUAAUUUUUUGGAUCCACGGCUACCAUUUUCGUCUCUCUCAGUUACUUCUCUGGGACUGUUCCUUUUGAGAAAAAUAACUAAUGCACCAGAGGUCGAAAGAAGACUUAUCGCAACCACCACCACCAAAGAGGUAUUUCUUUCAUAGGUCAUAUCGACCAGUAACCACAAUUAGCAAGAUUCAUAAUUUAAGUGAUGCAAACAGUUGAGGCUUCGGCUAAUUUGCACUCACAAACAAGUUUUUGUGAGGGACUCUUUAUCUAUCAAAAUUGGAGUAGUCUUGGGAUAAAAUGAAAGCAAGAAAAUUGCAGACCAUUUACCAACAGAUUUUGUGAUUGAGAUCUUGUGUCGACUACCCGUAAAGAGUUUGGUGGUGUUCAAGUGUGUAUCCAAAUCAUGGAACAAACUAAUUUCUCAUGUCUGUCUUCCAAGACUUUCUUCAAAUGUUUGUGUUCUUAGAUUAUACAGGGGAAGAGCUCGUAGACUUUCUGAUGAAUGGUGUUUUUCUGGUACAUUGCCUGAAUUGAAUUGUGCUGGUUCCGUAUCAAAAUGUAAUGAUCAUAUCAUGCAUCAUCAUGAAAUUGACUGUUGUAAUGGGUUGUCUCUACGUGAGGGCGCCUGUGGUAGUCAUUAUAUUGUUGUGAACAUAGUAACAAGACAACGUUUUUCUAUCCCUGAACCUUUAAAACUUCCUGGAUGGAAUUUUGCUGCCAUAGUCUUUGAUCCAAUCCAAUCCAGUGACUACAAAAUUGUUCGACCUAAUCCUUACUCCGAUAUUCCAAGCUUGGACAUAUUUUCGUCUGAAAUUGGUGAAUGGGUUAGGCACGAAGUACCUGGAGAUUGGGUUGAGCAUCUAUAUAUUAGCGAAUUUGAUAGUCCCAUGCUUCGGGGGAUCAAAUGGGCCAAGGGGAAUGUAUACUAGGAUGGGAUGUUAUAUAUAUUAACUCGGGGUAAGCGCCUUGUACGGUUCGACCUCAAAUCACUAGCAGUGUCAGCUGAAGUCAUGAAAGUUCCAUGUGGAGCCAAUGGACUUGGGUUGAUUGGACAUUCUAGAGGUGUUUUGUACUAUAUUAAUUAUGACAAAGAAUCUAGAUUAUCGAUGUGGCAGUUGGACUAUGAUAACGCAAGUGCAAGUAUUUGGAUUUUGAAACAUAGCAUCUGUACAAGUGACAUGUUGGAUUUAAAUCCAGGUAUCUUGCAUACCAUGAAGUUGAAGAAUCACACCUGCCGUCGCCUAUUCGAGCCUUUCGGAAUUCACCCAUUUUCAGACAUUAUUUUUCUUGGUUUACAAGGAAGGGUAUAUAGCUAUCAUCUCGAAAGCCAUAAGUGUGAACAUUUCUGGUGGACAACAAGAUGUAUGAGUUGGCGCUAUGAUUUUGUUUACCCUGUCUCAUAUAACUAUGUCAAUGUGAAGGACUAUCGCAAGGCAGCCUUGUUCCUAAACGAUACAGCAAGGGAUGUGAAAUCGGCACACAUAUCUGGUGAUUUUUAUGACAAACAAGUAUCUGGUCAUGAAACAGUAGAUCAUCCUGGGAGUGAUUACAAAAUUGACGAUAGCAGGAUUCUAUAAAGAUUCGAGUUUAGUAUUCAAAAGGGUUUGGAGGUAUCCUUUCUAUUUUGGCAAUGUAUUCCUAUUGUGGUUGGUUCAAUGAUGAUUGUUAUUUUAGUCCAUGAGUUUUAUUAUUAGAUGCGUUGAGACCUAUUUUCUAAGUGCCUAAUUUUAUGUGCUGUUUAUUUCUA